UUUUACAUAGAUAAAUUGAAAUUGAUGUUCCAUCCCUGAGAAACUUUAAUUUCAUAAUUGAUUAGCACAGCUGAUCAUUUCUUGGCGAAUUUAAGCGUAUGUGGUGAAUGAAGAAGAAUUCGCCGCGGUUAUCACGUUUUUGUAAUUUGCCCCUAUUUUCUCUGCGGAAGAUUACACACAGUGAUUGGGACUUCGAUUCUGUCAUCAUUUCAUUCGGUUGUAUUAAAGUGGAAAAAAUAAUAAUUUUUGAAAAUGUCCUGGUUACUCGGAAGAAAUAGAACUCAGCAACCUCAAGAACCAUUAAGCGUGGAUGGGGCAGACCCAGAGGGUAAAACUGCGGGGAGUCGUAGUGGUGAUGCCCAGCUCAGCAAUGCGGAGCGUAAAGCCAUGGAGGCUUAUCGCUUUGACUCCUCAGCUCUGGAACGAGCUGCGGAAGCAGCACGGCAAUUGGAACGUUCAAAACAUGCCCGCGAAGCUUUGGAACUUUCCAAGAUGCAGGAAUCGACACGGCAGCAAGAAUACCAACUAAAGGUCAAAGAGUACGAAGCCCACAUUGAGCAAUCCAAAGUUGAGCAAAAACGAAUUGACCAUGAAGAGAGACGUAAAACGUUACUUGAAGAAACAAAGCAACAACAGUUACGUGCUCAAUAUCAGGAUCAGUUGGCAAGAAAACGUUAUGAAGAGCAACUGUCUCAACAACAACGGGUCCAAGAGGAAAACCUGAGAAAACAGGAGGAGAGUGUGGCCCGUCAAGAAGCUAUGCGCCGACAGACCAUUGAACAUGAAAUUGAGAUGAAAGAAAAAAACCGUCUUAAAUUGCUGGAACAUGAAAUGCGUGUUAAGGCCAAGGUAGAUCGUGAAAACCGCGACAUAAACUUGGAACAAAUUCGUUUGAAGGCUCAAGAGCAUCGCACAACUGUGCUUGAAGGCAUACGCACUGCUGGAACAGUUGUUGGUGCUGGUGUUGAAGCCAUGCUUACUGACUGGGACAAGGUAUUGACUGCAGCUGGUGGUUUAUCUUUGCUCGCAUUGGGUGUUUACGCUGCAAAAGGAGCUACUGGUGUAACAUCUCGUUACGUAGAAGCGCGCAUAGGCAAACCCACCUUGGUUGGAGAGACGUCGCGUUUUGCAUUUCUUGAUGCCAUACAACAUCCCAUUAAGUAUGUGCAAAAGCUGCGUUCUAAACCAGCUGACGCUUUGAAAGGCGUUAUUUUGAAUCCUAAGCUGGAGGAACGUCUUCGUGACAUUGCUAUUGCAACAAAAAAUACACGCGUCAACAAAGGCAUGUAUCGUAAUGUAUUGAUGCACGGUCCACCCGGUACUGGUAAGACAAUGUUUGCCAAACGAUUAGCUGCCCAUUCGGGUAUGGAUUAUGCCAUCAUGACUGGUGGCGAUGUAGCACCUAUGGGUAAAGAGGGUGUUACUGCGAUCCAUAAAGUAUUUGAUUGGUCGCAAGCUAGUCGUCGUGGUUUACUACUCUUUGUGGACGAAGCCGAUGCAUUCUUACGCAAACGUUCAUCGGAACAUAUAUCCGAGGAUUUACGCGCAGCUUUAAAUGCAUUCCUUUAUCGCACAUCGGAGCAGAACUCUAAGUUUAUGUUGGUCUUAGCUUCAAAUACACCCGAACAAUUCGAUUAUGCCAUAAAUGAUCGUUUAGAUGAGAUGGUCGAAUUUUCACUGCCUGGUUUGGAGGAGCGUGAACGCUUGUUACGACUAUACUUUGACAAAUAUGUUUUACAACCGGCUUCCGAGGGUCACAAGCGUUUCAAAUUGGACCAAUUCGAUUAUGGUGCUACUUGUACGGAGAUGGCGAAAAUAUGUGAAGGAAUGUCCGGUCGUGAAAUAUCUAAAUUGGGAGUAUCUUGGCAAGCAGCGGUUUAUGCUUCCGAAGAUGGCAACUUGACCGAGAAAAUGGUUUUGGAUCGUUGCCAUGCGGCUGCCCACCAACACAAACAAAAGAUGGCUUGGUUGUCAGAGCAAGAGCGCAGUGAUCACAAAUCUAUAACCGGUGCAAAAAGCACAUAAUUAUUAUGAACUAGCGUAAAGAAAAUUAUAUUUCCAAAGAUGCUGGCGAUAACUUCCUAUACACAAACGUUUAUUUGCGCCAAUGCGUGGGAUGAGUGCGUUUGCUAGUGUGCGCCAGCAUUUAAAAAAUAUGAUUUUAGUUUCUUUUUUUUAUUAUUCAUAAAGUUAUGAAAUAAGUAGAUUAACGACAUCCGCUUUUCGCUUUCCGCAAAGCUUUAACACUGCCCAACACUGUUCAAGGUCAUAUACAAAAAUUACCUUGCAUUUAAAUUUGUACCUGAAUGUGACAACGCAGUAUGUAGAGGAUUUGCGGACUUGUUGCUAUUAUGCAUAACGUUUUUUAACGGAAUUGUAUAUCAAGACUUUUAGAAAUUUAUAUUAAACUUCUACUUGGUAUAUUUGGAUGGUAACGUUUUAUGCCUUUUAACAUAAAUCUCUGAAUUUGUCUUUAAUCAUAUUGGAGGUGUCGAUUUUGUUUAAAAAUUAAAUAAGGAAAGUUAAAUAUACUUAUGUAUGUGUGUACAUUAUUAUAAAACGGUUGUUAUUAUUGCUAAACAUAAUAAUAUAAUGCAAAUGGUUAUAAAGAAACUCUUCACAAUUUCUACAGCUAAAAAAUUUGGUUGUUGCAGUGGCUGAAAAAUGAACAAAUUGUAAAAUCAUUUUAGUGGAUACUGACUGAGGGCCCAUGCAGCCCAUUAUUGUUGUUGUAACGAUUAUCCAGACCUGCUGGAACGGAAAGCGGAAGUCUAGUUGUCGUCGAAGUCAUCUAACUGGACACCCAGGAAACAUGCUGUUUCGAUGGGGUCGGACCAAAGGGAAAGGGGUUUUAGAUGAGUUGGGUUCAUUGGGCAUGCAGAGGUGACUAGUAUCAUGCGGAGACUCAUUGCAUGCAGGACAUGUAUUCUGUAUGUCGGGGUUCAGUUUGGAUAGGUAGGGGUUUAACCUGCUACAAUAUCCCAAACGAAGUUACGCAAGGGUCACUCUGGCUUCACGUGGCAACUCGACCUCUUCGCCUGUUAUGGGUGGUGGUUUGACUCCAAUGACGCCAUUCAUUGGGAGGGAGGCAGGAAGUGUUAAUGGCUCCACGGUUAAUGGCGUUUAAAGCGUAUUAGAUUACUGUCAUGGAAACUUGUGAAACUUAUAAAUGUAUUCCGAGUAUUGUAGAUGUAGCACUCCUUGUGUGAGAGCCCGAGUUUCCCUUUUUCUAAGUUCAAAUUCAUCAAACGUAUGUAUGUACAUUCACAUAAGUGUUUUUAAAGAAAAAGUCACGAAUAUUGGGGAGUAAAAAGAAAUUUACUUUAUAUAAUUUAUUUAAAAUUAAGAUCAUACAAUAAUUACAAAAAAAUACUUUCUCUUAAUUCUAAAAUGAUAUCAGGAUCUGCUGUGCACAUUGCCGACUUUAAAUAUCGAAAGAAAAAAAAUAUUUUUACAAUAUACCGCUGUAUUCAACAUGAAUUUGUCUUAUUAAAUUAGACAAGUUUCAAUUUAAACAAAAAUAAAACCUAAACAUUGACAAUAAUUUUAGCUUAUAUUAAUUAUAUUUAAUGCAACUAAACAAAUGUUUACAUUAGAUAUUUGUUUCUAAAAUGCGGUAAUUUUAGCUGCCAAUAAUAUGUAUACAAAUGUGAGGUCUUCUAAAUAUAAAUGUUUGUUAAAUGUUAUACCCAUAUAUACAAACAGGCAAGCUUAUUUUAUAGGAAGCAAAAAGUACUUUUUUUGGGGCACCAUAGGUGAGAGCAGACUCAAUUAUUGCAGAACCCUUUUAUAA